AGAUAAUGAUGUUUAUGAUAAUCAUUUCUCACAAUGAGAUGUUUUGACAAGAGUGUUCCGAAGACAUUUACGAUAGUGGUCGGUCGGAGUGAUUAGCUUCAAGGGUGCUUGGUUUGGGGUAGCACAAUAAAAUUUUCUGGUGUACAAACUAACGUUACAACAGUAUUUUUCUCGGUAUAAGUUAGAUAAGAGAAGGCAAGGGGGUGAAAAUGCUUGAUUUGAAGCGUGCGGAAAGCUCGCUUCGCGGCCACUGAGGUGUAGUGUAUGGUGCAAAUGUUAUCAACAUGAGUGCAUAUAGCGUGUAGGUGCCGCUAUCAGUAAAGUUUGGCAAAUAUGUAAAUGCGGCUUCGUCACGUCUGCUUCCUUUUGUUUAGUUAGUUCGUAAACAUCGCCGAAGUGCGGUUGUAUAUGUGGCUCUGUGGCUCUCUCUGGUGGUGCAGUUUGAAGAAUUAUCGAACGGUGCCUUAAGUCUUGCGUGUAGUGGCUUAAUCGCGUUGAUCCCGGAGCGAGGCUAUAAGAUGGGGUGCGUGGUGCGGGUCACGGUGGUCGUGUUAUCAUCAGUGUUCCGGGCGUGCGUGUAACUCAUGCGUGAAUUAAUAAAAAAAGAAAUGAGUGCGCGUGCUUUCGGCCGGUUAUAGUGUCGCAAACUCCGGCGAUGCGAAGUCGAAGUCGCAUUAUAUAACGAUUUGGGGUAAAAUCGGCGUCCUAGCGCCCCAGACUUUGAAGAAUUUCUCACAUAUUGUUUGAUUCCGCGUCGCGUUCGCUCUCUGACUCUACUCUCUCUCCCUUCGCUUUCGUUUCGAUGGAAUCCGACCGCUUCUGACUGGGACUGGGCUCAAGUCUGAAUUGAAUGAACGGGAAUCUAGCAGUCUGUCGUCUGUCUGGGUAGAGUUUCGACUGUUUCGGCAGUGGUGAUGUGACGUGCUCGCAAUAUAUCACAAUCGUUCGUCUGACAUGUGCUAUUAAAUCAGUGAUCGAGGACUAUUUUCUGCCAUACGGUCAUACGGACCUAGAUGUCUUUGCCUACGAACAGACGGCGAUAGACCCGGCCCUGGAAAAUGUCGAACGGCAACAGCCACCUGGCCAACGGCUCGAUGUGGGCCGAAGGCAAGCCGAGCAACAACAACGGCCCCUCCAACGGCAGCACCCGCCUGGGCAUGGAGGACAUCCCCGAGGAGCAGACGGCCCUCACGAACCAGGCCGAGGUGUACCGAUCGCAGUGCUUCGCCAGUGAGGGUGAUUUCCCGAGCGACAGCGACACGGAAUGCGGUCUGGGGCCGUUCGCGCCCCACUGGCUCCAAAUGUUCGCCUCGAAGCAAGCCUUCCUCAUAGUUUUCUGCAUCGCCUGGGUCCUCCAGGGCAUGUACCACACGUACUUCGUCAGUGCGAUAACCACAAUCGAAAAACUCUUUCAAAUUCAGUCGAAAAUCACCGGGAUUAUCAUGAGUGCCACCGAAAUCGGCCAGAUCGGCUCGUCGCUGCUCCUGACGUACUACGGGGGGCAGGGGCACCGCCCCAAGUGGAUCGCGUGGGGGAUGGUUCUGUUCGCGGUGUCGUCGUUUACUUGUUCCUUGCCCCAUUUUAUUUACGGGAGACAGUUAAUUAGCGCCAAUGAUCUCACGGGGAUCACCAAGGACCCGAACGUUUGCAAACUCCCCAGUGCAAUAGACGCGCUGGAGCCCAGCGCCCACUGGGGCAACACCACCCUCCCGGUCACCGCGAGCGGGGUGGGGGUCUCAAAUAUUUUGCAAACUUGUCAUGAGGAGCUCGACACGGAGCACCGGAUCCAACCCUCGGUCACGAAAAUUGUUCUCGCGAUUUUUUUUAUUAGCUUGUUGGGGGUGGGAAUGGGGCAAACGGCUGUGUACACUUUGGGGAUUCCCUACAUCGACGACAACGUCGCCAGCAAGGAGUCGCCGCUUUAUUUCGCGAUAACAAUCGGCGUGCGAAUUCUGGGUCCGGCUCUGGGCUUCAUCGUCGGAUCCCUCUGUACUAGCGUGUACGCGGAUUUAUCAGUCGAUCCUAAAAUAGAUACGACAGAUCCAAGGUGGGUUGGGGCAUGGUACUUGGGUUUGGUUUUAAUAUCAGGGCUACUAAUGCUGGCCUCUUUCGCCAUGUUCGCCUUCCCGAAACGGCUGAAAACGGCGAAACCGACGCCCAGGAUACACCAACCUGGACGAAAACAUCCUAGCAUAAGAGACUUCCCCAAAACGGUCAAGCGGCUGCUCAAAAACGAUAUCCUAAUGUUUCGGACCGCAAGCAGCGUCUUGCACAUUCUUCCAAUCGCUGGAUUGUACACAUUUUUGCCAAAGUAUUUAGAAUCUCAGUUCAGGCUACCCACUCCUUCGGCCAAUAUGAUAUCAGGAGUUGGGGGCAUUUUGGUGAUGGGCGUCGGCAUAAUUAUAAGCGGGGUCUUCAUCCUUCGAGUCAAACCUAACGCCAGGUUUGUCGCAGCCUGGAUCGCAUUCACGGCCAUCAUUUACGCCGUCGGAAUGGGCAUUUUGAUGUUUAUUGGUUGUCCAAUGGAUGAUUUGGCAGGAAUUCAAACCCGUCACGAGUUUGCGACUUUCGACCUCAACUGCAACAAAUCGACGUGCGAAUGCAACCAGGACAAAUUCUCGCCGAUCUGUGGCCAGGACGGUAAAACCUACCUGUCGCCCUGUCACGCAGGCUGCAGGAACUACACGGAAAAAGAGGGAAAAAUUGUGGAAUAUUCGGACUGUCUCUGCGUGGCGCAAGAUGACAACGUUACGAUUUCUUUGCCUGAUAGUGUUUUAUACGGGAACGCGACGAUCGGCUACUGUGAUGUGCAAUGCCCGAAUUUCACGUGGUACAUAAUCCUGUUCUCGAUUUUUGUUUUCAUCCACUCGACCUCGGAAGUUGGCUCGAUGUUGCUGAUUUUGCGGUGUGUGGACCCGAGGGACAAGGCCAUGGCGCUGGGGCUGAUCCAGUUCGCCAUCGGCCUCUUCGGGAACGUUCCUUGCCCCAUUGUCUACGGGGCUGUUGUGGACUCCGCUUGCCUCGUGUGGAAGAUGGCUUGUGGGGAGAAGGGGGCGUGUGCAUUGUACGACUCGAACAUAUUCCGGAUGUUCUACCACGGGACGACUGGGGCCAUCCUGCUGUGCGCAUUUUUCGUGGAUGUGAUAGUGUGGUAUAAGGCAGGGAGUAUAAAUUUCGUCGACGAGCAAGUACCCUUGGAGGAAGAGCUGACCUCGAUGACGAAAAAAGCGUUGACCGAACCUGUGUCUCUACCUCAAUAGCACAUAUUGAAGGUGGAGGAUCCACCGCCCAAAUUCUGAUCGCGCGAUCAGAAACGACUGAAAUUUUCUAACGGCAGCUUUCACAUUUUUAUAACGUUUUGUAUAGAAAAGUGUAAAUAUGGAAGAUUUUAUUUUAGCAAUUUUAUAGGGAAUUUUAUACAAAUUUUACAAUAAAUAGUUGACUUCGCAUGCUUGAAAAUUACAUUGUGUUUGAGAUCUGAAUACCAUGCAUUCAUAAACUGUGAUACUUAAAUAUCUGCUUGUCUUUUCCAUCUUGGUUUUGUAAAUAUUCUUUUAAUUUAAACUAUUCUCAAUACUCCUUGACCUUGUGAAGUUACAUGCUUUUAUCAGUUUAGGACAAUUGAAAAUACUAAUUGUAUAUUUUUUUAUAUUAGUUUGUAGUUACCAUAUUUUUAAUUUUGUAUAGUUUUACAUCGCCCUACAUCUAUCAAUUGAUUAAAGUGUGCCAUACAUUCAAUAAUUUGGGAUCCUUUCUGUUGGACUUUCUCUAUUUAUAACGUGUUAUAUUGAAGUUUUUGUGUUUGUUCACUUGUACAUUACGAGAUAAUUUAAAUGAUUAACAAACUUGUUAGAAAAAGUUAAAUACUCUUCCUGUUCAAGCUUUACUCAUUGUUGUUAUUAAAUUUUUCUAACUCUUUUACACGAAAUGUUGUUUCCUUUUCUCAUUUACAUCUAAGAAACAAAUCAAAUUACGGGUAUAGCGUAACUAUUUAUUACUGUUCGUUUAAGUGGAGUAUUUUCAACAUCACAUGUGCAUUAUAAUUAUUAUUAAUAUUUAAUAUUUAGUUAAGGGCUUACGCAAACACAAAACUUCAACAAUUGGCAGAACCUUACAACAAAGUAGUUUCUAUUUGUAUAUUUAGUACUGCCAUAUCUUACUUAUAUUGUUUUCUUCAGGGUUACUUUUUUGUUGAUACUUAACUGUUUUACCUAUUGUUAUAUAACAAUUCAAGCUCAAGCAUUUUAAUCUGUGAUUAGCUCACAUUCAUGCACCACAACUGUUAAAUUGUGCAAUUUUUUACAGAAGAAAUAUCACUCUCAUGUUCACCUAAGUUUAAAGAAAACUGUAGUAUAUGUUGUACAUUAUGUUAAACAUUAAUUAAAGAAGCAUCACCUUGCGUGAAUACUUGAUAAUGUAACGAUUUUACAUAAUUGUACCUAUGCAAAAUAUAUUCAUUAAAUAAGCGAAAUAA